AUGGAAGCUUCACAGCCUCUUUCUAUUGAAAGCUUCUCUUACAGUUGGUUAGUGAACUUAAAGCCAUCACUAGAAAGCCUAGAUAGUUCCUUUAGAAUUCCUCUUGAUGCAUAUGAUGAAGCUUCCUUCAUUGAGAUGGAUCCAAGAAUGCCACCAUCUAAAAGAUUCUUCAAGAUCUCACAUGAUUCCAAUUCCAACAUAUUUGAUUUUCCAACUUCACAAUCCCCUCUUAGCACUCUUGUUCAUGCAGAUGAACUCUUCUCCAAUGGUUACCUCAUGCCUUUUUUUGUUGAAUCUUUGAAAAUGGAAGAAUAUGAAGCCUUAGACUCCAAUAUUACAUGUCUCAAUUCAUCUUCUUCGCAUGCGCCGAAAUGCGUAGCUCCUCUUGUUCAUUCUAGAUGUUCUUCUUUGAAAAGAUGUAGAACAUUAUCAAGGAGAAUAUUUUAUAAGUAUCUCAAUUUAUUAAGGUCUUUGUGUAGAAGAAGAUCAAGUGGUCAUAAAUCAAGUUCAAAUGUUGAUAAAAGAGGUGAUGGUUUAAUGAAUAGAAGAUGCUAUAAUUCAGAAUCAUCUCCAAGAAUCAGUGUAGCUUUUUCUGCAGAUGAUUGGAGAAAGUCUUGUGAUUCUGAAAGCUCAAUAAAUGAGGCAGUUCUUCAUUGCAAAAGAUCCAUAGAAAGAAUGAGUUAA